AUGUCCCCGCCCUUCCUUCCAUAAAAAAAGAAAAGAAAAAUAUAAUCUCGCGGAAUGAAAUCUCCCGUCACCGGGAACCGGGAAGAAGCAGAGAUCCCCUGAGAGAGAAACACCAUGGCGGCGGCAUUGCCAUACUCCGACGUCGACUCUAAGCUCCGAUCUAUGGCCGCUGGAGCCGAAGGAUUCGGAAGGCUCGCCAUCGGCGGCCUCAACGGCCAGCUCUACCGUGUUACGACAUUGGCCGAUGAUGGGCCCGGGUCACUUCGUGAUGGAUGCCGUAAGAGAGAGCCACUUUGGAUUGUCUUUGAUGUUUCAGGUGUCAUACACCUCUCAUCUUACCUAAGUGUGUCAUCUUAUAAGACCAUUGAUGGACGUGGGCAAAAGGUGAAGCUCACUGGCAAGGGCUUGCGACUAAAGGAGUGUGAACAUGUUAUUGUAUGCAACUUGGAGUUUGAAGGUGGCAGAGGUCAUGAUGUUGAUGGUAUUCAAAUAAAACCCAACUCUAGGCACAUAUGGAUUGAUCGCUGCUCCCUUCGUGAUUAUGAUGAUGGCCUGAUAGACAUAACAAGACAAAGCACAGACAUAACAAUCUCUAGAUGUUACUUUGCAGCUCAUGAUAAAACAAUGCUUAUCGGAGCAGACCCCUCUCACGUCAAUGAUAGAUGCAUAAGAGUGACCAUCCACCAUUGCUUUUUUGAUGGCACGCGUCAAAGGCAGCCCCGUGUUAGAUUUGGUAAAGUUCACCUGUACAACAACUACACAAGAAAUUGGGGUAUAUAUGCUGUCUGUGCCAGUGUGGAAUCACAGGUUUAUUCUCAAUGCAACAUUUAUGAAGCAGGACAGAAGAAAAAAGCUUUUGAAUACUACACAGAGAAGGCAGCAGACAAAGAGGAGGCAGGAUCAGGCAUAAUUAUAUCAGAGGGUGAUUUGUUUCUGAAUGGAGCUCAAGGAAUUUUAAAACCUGAAGCUAAUCAGCAGCUUUUCCAUCCAAGUGAAUUUUACCCUGAUUGGACAUUGGAACAGCCGUCCGAUUCCCUCAAAACUGUUCUCCAAAUUUGCACAGGUUGGCAAUCUCUUCCUCGUCCAGCAGAGUAACAUUCCAAGCCAACCAUAUGCAUUUCCAAGAAGAAAACUAUUUUUUCUCGAAUGUAGAUAGAGCAUCUUACUUGGAAUGCGGACAUCUCUGUUUAUUUUACACACAAAACCAUACCAUGGAGAGCAUGCAAAUCUUGGUUUAAAAAUAACACUUUCUCCGCCCAAAAAAAGAGCCAAGUUUGCAAUAUUGGUGUCAGUAUUGUGCCCAAAUGCUCCCUUUUAAUUUUUAAUUUGUAGUAGGAUAUAUACUCUCAAU